AUGUUGCUGAGGCCGUUGUGCACAAGAUCCGUUAACGGUUUGAGCCGGGCCCGGCGAGGCUUCUCAUCCACAGCCUCUGUGAAGGCCGAUUUCACCCACAUUGUGGUUGGAGGCGGCGCUGUUGGCCUUGCAACAGCCCGCGCCAUUGCCCAACGUCCUGGUACAUCAACGGUUCUCCUUGAACGCCAUGGCGCUGUCGGCACAGAGACCUCGUCACGAAACAGCGAGGUGAUCCACGCAGGUAUCUACUAUGGCGCCGGAACCCUUAAGACGGAACUUUGCAUCCGGGGCAAAGAGCUCUUAUAUGCCUUCUGCCGGGAGCGCGACGUCGCUCACUCAAACACGGGGAAAUGGAUCGUUGCCCAGACACCCGCCCAGCGAGAGGCUCUUCAGAGAGUCCACGACUUCUGCAAGAACGAAAUUCAUGUGCCCAUCCGAUGGGUGAGUGAGGAGGAGGCCCGCCGCUUGGAACCUGGAGUCCGCGCCGAGGCUGGCGUGCUUGAUAGCCCUACGACAGGCAUUAUCGACUCACACGGUCUGAUGAUGGGGUUGAUGGGCCUGUUUGAAGAUGCGGGAGGCGUAGUAGCACUCAGCUCAGCCGUAACAGGCGUGACACCGCUCGGCGAGAAGGGAAGCCAGGGCUGGGAGGUGCGCGUGCGGGAUUCGACAACAGGAGAGGAGAGUGUAGUAACGGCCGAGGUGUUAAUCAACGCUGCGGGACUCGGGUCUGUCGAUGUGCACAACAUGAUUGUACCUGCCGAGCAAAGGCGGGCCUUGUACUACGCCAAGGGCAAUUACUUCUCGUACGCCAGCUCAACCCCUAAGGUUAGCAGGCUAAUCUACCCAGCACCAGAGCCAGGUGCCGGUGGCUUGGGUACGCAUCUGACUCUGGAUCUUGCUGGUCGGGUACGUUUCGGUCCGGAUGUGGAGUGGGUCGAUUCUGCCGAUGAUCUGGCCGUGAACACUGCUAGACUCCCGCUGGCCAUCGAAGCUAUCAAGAAAUACCUGCCCAAUCUUGACGAAAGCUGCUUGGAGCCAGAUUACGCAGGGAUCCGACCGAAGUUGGGGAAGUUGGGAGCAGUAGCUCAAGGAACAGGGUUCCACGAUUUUGUCAUCAGAAAAGAAGAGAGCUACGAAGGUUGGGUAAAUUUGCUUGGUAUCGAGAGCCCCGGACUUACAAGCUGUCUGGCCAUAGCAGAGCGGGUCGACAAGAUUUUGUACGGGUGA